UUCAGUCUCAGCCCAGAGACACACCGCGGCAGGCGGCCAGCACUGGCUCCGCUCCCGCCCAGAGGAUGCGGGGCGCCUAGGAUGCUGCCGCGCCUGCUCAUGCCUCUGGCGGCGCUCCUCAGCCUCUGUCUCCGCGCCCACGCACAAGAACUGCCCAGCCCGCCAUCUGUGUGGUUUGAAGCAGAAUUUUUCCACCAUGUCCUCCACUGGACUCCUAUCUCUAAUCAGUCUGAAAGUACCUACUAUGAAGUGGAACUCCUAAGGUAUGGAAUACUGGUCUGGAAGUCCAUCCCCAACUGUACCCAGCCCCUGAUGCUGUCCUGCGACCUCACCAUGGUGACACUGGACCUGUACGAUGGCAGUGUCUACAAAGCCAAAGUUCGGGCAGUAGAUGGAAUCCAGCACUCUAACUGGACCAUGGUCAAUACACGCUUCACCUUAGAUACAGUGACUCUGAAAGUUGGCAGCGUGAAUCUAAAGGAGCAAAAUGACUCCAUCACUGGAACAAUCCAACUCCCCAGGCCCAAGAUGGCCCCCCCAGGCAAGAUAUAUGAAAACAUCUUUCCAAAGUUCCGCGAGUAUGAGAUUGCAAUUCGAAAGGUGCCAGGACACUAUAUGUCCACAAAGAAAAUAAAAGAUGAAAAUUUCAGUCUCCCAAUUGCUGGAGAGAUGGGAGAGUUCUGUGUCAAGGUGAAGCCAUCCAUCACCUCCCGGCUGAACAAGGGGCUGUGGUCUGCAGAGGCAUGCAUUGUCAUCACCCAGAAAUAUUUCACCGUGACCAACCUCGGCAUCUUCUUUGCCGUCCUGCUGCUUUUCUGCACCCUGGCCAUCCACCUGGGCCUCCUGCUCCACCUGCGCCGGCGACAGAAGCUGCCUGCUGCCCUGGUAUUCAAGAAACCAGGUCCCUUCAGCCCCAUCAGCCAGUUGCCCUGCCCAGAGGUCCCAGACACCCUCCACUCCCUUGAUGAGGAGGCCUUCCCCAAGGUGUCCCCUGAGCUGAGGAACUCAGAACUGCACAGCAGCACGGACAGUGGCUUUGGCAGUGCCAAGCCAUCCCUGCAGACUGAAGAGCCCCAAUUCCUCCUCCCUCCCCUGAGCCCCCAGGCUGGGGUGACUCUGGGGAAGGAGACACCCCCAGAGCUGGAGAAAAACUGCUGCAGCAGCAGCAGCAGCAGCAACAACAGCACAGACAGUGGGAUCUGCUUGCAGGAGCCCAGCCUGUAUCCCGGCAGGAGGCCCAACUGGGAGCAACAUAGGCAGAGCAAGGAAGGCCAGGAUGACAGUGGCAUUGGCCUGGUCCACAACUCAGAUGGGCAUCCUGGGAAUUUACAAGGCAGCUCAGCCUUGGAUCCUAUCAGUCCCCAAGAACCUGAAGGGCCUGGAGAAGAAGGCCAGCAUAUGGUGGCAUUCCAGGGCUACUUGAAGCAGACCAGAUGCACAGAGGGGAAGGCAGUCAAGGUAGACUGCCUGGAGAAAGAAUCUUGCAUGACAGAUGGACCAAGCUCCAAAUGCCAAACAUGCCUGGAUACCAAAGCCAGCUGGCCUCUCCCAGUUUUAGCCGAAGGCUAUUUGAAACAAGAUGCCCCAAGAAUGGCUGAUACACCCACAGGGGCCUCACCUGGACAGUGGGAUCACGCAAAUGAAGAAUGGUCACUUCUGGGCUUGACCAACUGUGCUGGCCUAGGACCAUCUGACUGGAGCUUUGCUCCUCUGGACUGUAUGACAGCCUCAUGCAACCUCCUGGACAGCCUUGACUCAAACCUGGUCACCCUCCCACUGAUGUCUAGCCUGCACUCAAAUGAGUGACACAGAGAGAGGACUGCUUUUGAGUUCAACCAUACCCUGCCUAGAGCAGGAGAGGUACCCAGGGGCAAGAGAUGAAGUCUCAGGCCAGCCUGGCCAGUGGGGGCAGUGCUAGGGCAGAGGAAGCUCUCUGGAUGAACUGGCACAGGGCCUGUAGGUGGCCUUGGCCUACCCCAUGAAUGAGGACCUGGGCAUUGCUAAGAAGAGAACUGGGCGGACUUCCUCCCUUCUCAGCACUGUGACAGAAAGGAGUACUUGCUCAGGGGAACCACAGGGUUUUCUGGAAUUGUGAUGAGGCCACCAGGCUAAAGUCAGCUCACAGCAGGUUAGUCUUAAUCUAACCAUGGGUCAGGGUCUCACUGCAGGGGGCAUUUCCAUGGCAGAGGGAGGAGUGUGAGAGACUAAGCUUGAUCUCUGGGAUGGACAGAGCUGGCCCUCAGCCUGGAAUGGAACAACUCCUAAGCAGACCUCCUGGGCAGGAAGCUGCCAUAAAAUUCCUCUGGUGCUGUGUGUCUGCCUGGUAACUCAGGCAGGCAAGCACUGUUGUGGAGUCACAGGGGGACAAAAGGAACUGAGGCCUGGGAGGGGGCUUCUGGCUCAGAAGUGGCCACUCUGAGGACAUCCAGUGUCCAUCUGCAGAUAGCUCCCUGUCUAGCAAAUAGAAUACUUGCAGUGGCCAAGACACUCACACUCCAUGCCCAGCUGUUGCCAUCAUGUUGCUAGGACCAGCGAUACUAUGGCUAUUUGCACUGGCCAAAAGUGAGCCCUUUGGGUGGUCUCUGGACUUGGCACCAACACGUCAGCCCCAGACAGUCUGGGUGGGGACCUGUAUUUGUUUUUUAAGUCUAGCUCUAGACCACAGGGACUGGGCCUUGGGUUGGGAUCCCUGCUCAGUAUUCAGUCAUGACACCUAGGAUCUAAGACUUCUAGAGGACCUCAUUUCCCCCGUUUCUGAAACAAAGACUCAGUCUCUAGUCCUUCACGUUGAAGACAACCAAGCAGGCCUCUGAGCUGAUGUUUCUAACCCUGUGUGAGCUGGAGCUGGGAUGAAGUGGCUGUGGAACCCACGUCUAUACAGACCAGCCUCUCUCUCUUGUUGAAGGCUGUAGGCCCAGCAGAAGUCUGUAGUGCGGUGGACAAAGGGCUGCCAUACACUGGAACCAACCACAAAGGGGGAGGUGUGAACCCUGCUUCCCCACAGUCAGUUUGCAAUCUAAGGACAAGGAAGAUAGAGGUGACUGGUCUGAGACACACCCCUGAGCCCUCACUUGCAUUCUCGGAGGCAUUCUAAGGAGAAACAUUUGAGCUCAAGGAGUCCAGCCAAGCUCCCUUCACUUUGCCAAGAAACUCUUAGUUGCCAGUCUGACAACUGCUUCUUCUGAAAACCUGGGCUGGAGGGAAUAUUCCUCAGGAUUUCCUUGGGAGGUUUAUUUAUUUAUUUUGUUCACUUAUUUAUUUAAGAGGCAACAGAGUACAGUCAAAGAGUCCUGGGUAUUCAAAAGCCUGAGAGUUCUAGUUCUGACUCUGCUGCUUCUGAUGUUGUGUGACCUUGGGACAGUCACUUUUCAAAGUCAUCUGUUUACUUAUUUGUAAAACUAAAAGACAAUGCCUGACUUGCUAAAUUCUUUCAAUGUGAGGCUCCACUGGGGAGCAGAAGGUGAAUGUGCCUUGAAGACAAAACUUAGUAGUUGAGGGAUGUGGAUUUUUUUUUUUAAUUCCAAUAAAUUUUCAGAAUCACAA